AUGGUGCAAAAGUCAGUCAAAGGUAGUGCGAUAGCAGAUCACUUGGCUGAUAAUCCUUUAAAGGAUGACCAGCCAUUAGAUUUUCAAUUUCUUGAUGAAAGCAUAUGCACUAUAGAAGAAGGUUGUGAUGAAGGAAAUGAUAAAGAGCAAGAAUGGGAAAUGUAUUUUGAUGGAGCUGCCAACAUGUAUGGAAAUGGGGUAGGAGCGGUGAUCGUUUCACCAGAACGAAAACAAUUUCCAGUGGCCAUCAAAUUAAAAUUUGAUUGUACUAACAACAUAGCAGAAUAUGAAGCUUGUGUUAAUGGUCUUCGAGCAGCUAUUACCCUUGGUAUACAGUGUUUGAAGGUAUUUGAUGAUUCUGCUCUCAUUAUUCACCAAGUAACAGGAGAAUGGAGGACAAAGGAUGCAAAAUUGAUUCCCUAUCAAGAACUCUUAACAAAUUUGAUUAAGCAAUUUAAGGUUGUUAGCUUUCAUCACUUGACUCAAGAUAAAAAUCGUUUCACUGAUGCUUUAGCCACUUUAGCAGCAAUGAUCCAACUUGAUUGUGGAAUCCAUGUCCAACCCAUUCAAGUAGAAGCUAGAAGCUUUCCAGCAUACUGUCUAAAUGUUAAAGAAGAUCAAGAAGAAUAUCCUUGGUUCCAGGAUAUUAAGGACUAUAUUACUAAGAGAUCAUACCCAACAGGACUGACUGAGAAUGAAAAGAAAACCCUUUGUCGUUUGGCUAUGACAUUCUUUAUCAGUAAAGAUGUUCUGUACAAGAGGGGUUAUGAUGGUACUUACUUCAUUGUGUGA